AUGGAAUCUUUAAGUGAGUUGCUACUACUCACUGUACGGGAUUUGCAGAAGUUGAAAAUCUUCCCGUUGAGUAGCAGUUCUCACGAGUAUGAAAGCUUACUCAAGGGAACCAUUACCAAUAUCCUACGAUUGAUUGAUUGGGAUCAAACUGACUUCUACAAGUUAACCAUUUCAAUCGAACCAAAGAUUAAUGGAGUCAAUUCGUUGAACGUAUUGUACUAUUUCGAUAAAUCAUCUCAAUCUGAUGUCAAGGAUAUCCCAACUAAGGAUAUCUUAAGUUAUUUCCAUAAGUUUCAUCAACAAGGUAGUAACAAAUCGAAAUUGGAUCAAAUAUUAUCUUUAAUCGAAUAUUUACUAGGAAAGGAUCAUAUACGACACUUGUACAGUGGAGUGUUAUCCAAACUCACAACUUUCAUUAAAUUCCUUAUUGCAUUCAACAAUGACUGUGAAUCUCAAAUAAUACAACUACUUUCUGAUUGUUUCAGAUAUGAUUUAAAAUUCUAUUCUAAAAUACAGCAUGAUGGGAAUAAUGAUAUAACAGAAGAGGAAUCAAUUGGAAUAAGUCGAAUAUUAGACAAAAUAAUCGGACAAGAUCUGGAUGUUUCCAACGAUAAUUCUACAUCUGAAGCAACUGAUUUCAACAUACCAUUACAAUUCAAAUCUAAUAAUGAAAACUUCAGUUCAUUAUAUAACACAUUACUCAAAAUUGCAACUCUUAGGACUAUAGAUAUAAAAGAUGCCAGAAAGUACUCUGAGUUAUGUCUAUUCAUAUUUAAAACUGUCUAUAAUAUUCAAAGUAUAGAAAUUGACAGUUUUCCAUACAAAGAAAAGAAAUUUGGUUCGUUUCAUGAUCUUUUAAUUGGAGAUUCAGGAAUACUAUCGAAAUCUUAUGGUGUAACAAAUUCAAGAAUAAUAAAUGAUUAUAAUUUCUUUCCUGAAUUAAAGAAAGAUCAUGAAAUAGCCCCUACAUCUUUUCCUAUAUCACAACCAGUGAUUGAGCAUGAAUCUUUUUCAAAUCUAGGUAGCACCAAACAGGAGAGACAAGAGAUUCUUCACCAUUUCAAACGAAUUAUUCCUUUGUUAAAUGAAUACAAUCUUGAAUUCGACAUUGAUUUUAUUCCUGUUCUUAGGAGAUAUAUGUCUUUACUUCAUGACGAACUUCCUACAGCUGCAGUUAUUGCCGAUUUCAACUACAUUGAUCAAAUAGUAACCUUAUUGAAUCUUAUCAUUGACUUCGAAAAUGGAAAAGACGAGACAUUAGUGACCAACUUUAAGAAUACUGUUGAUAGAAUACAUGAUCUUCAUAAAUAUUUGACAAGGUACUAUGUUGCUGAAAUUCCAUCUACUACUGUGUUAAUGCGCAUAGCAGUCAUUGAAUACUAUAAACGUAUUGCCAUUCAACGAAUUGUAAUAAAGAGCUGGUCUUUCAAGUUUUCACAGAUAGAGCAAGUAUCAACUACUGUCUUAGAUAAUUGGACCAUAGUUAAUAACAAGAGAUAUAUACGAAACUACCUUACAAGAUGGUAUAGUCAAGGUCGUAAAUUGAAAGAUUUGGAAAAUAUAGCUAUCAAGUAUGAUAAAAGUAUAACGAUUGAUAAAUUUUUCAAAAACAUUUCCAGGGCUAGAGCAUUAAGAUCUGAAAGUAUUAAGAAAGGUGACUUGCACAUUGUCAGCUCGUACUUUGAGUUGUGGGCUGAUAAGAGUUUAUUCUUAGAAGGUAUGUCCAAGAAAGCAUUGGACUUUGAAAGACAAGUUUUGUUUCAAAAGGCAUUUUCAACUUGGAAUCAAAAUUUGCUGUAUCAAAAUAGUCUAGCUUCAGUAGCUAAGAGUAGAAAUGUUAUAAGGGUUCAAAAGGAGGACUCGGUUUUGGUAGAAAUCACUUGGUCAAACUGGUAUAAUCUUAUGGUCUCGAGGGUUCAACAAGGUAGUAUACUGAAACCAUCUAUCGAUACAAAUAAGAUAAAAGAACUUGGGAAGCUUGAAAGGAAAUUCUUGAUUACUAAGAUUUUGAAUAAAUGGACUCGCUCAUACUGUCUUGAAUCAGCUAAAAAGAAAGUUCAAUUGCACAAUGAUAAAAUACUUUUGUUUGAUAUUUUUCAUGAUAAAUGGCAAGCAAAAACAUCAAUGUCCAGUAAAGCCAAAAAUUAUCUUCUUAACAAGGAUCAACAGUUAAAACUUGAUCUUUUUGUGAUCUGGAAAGAUUUGGCUGCAAGAAGGGCAACAGCUGACAAGGUUUAUAUACAAAACAAGCUAAGACAGUUCGUGAAAUUGUGGAAGCUAGAGACAUUAAUUGGAGAUUCUAAAACCAAUCGAUUGAAAAGAUAUGAAGAUUCACUUCUAGUUCGUCAUUUUAAAGAUUGGAGACUUAAGUAUAAAUUAAACGCAUUCAAUUCGAGGAACUCAUAUACUCUUAAACAAGUGACAUUGCUACAAUUAUCUUCGAAGUUUGAUGAUAUAAAUAGUCAUUAUGAGCUAUCUGAACAAUUUAAGAAUCAUAACUCAAAGACUUGGGCUCUAGAAGUAUGGAAAAAUUAUUUUGAGAUGCUUUCAGUGGCCAAUGAUUGUGCAGAUACUUAUGCAAAGGGUCGGACUUUCAAUCAUUGGGCUAAUAAACUAGAGACUUAUAAUAAGUUGUACUUGAAACACAUCGGUGAUAAUUCAAUCCUGUUUAAGGAUAAGUUUUUACUAAGAGUUUUUUUAAAGAAAUGGCAAGAACGGUUCGAGCUUAAUUUUGAUGAUAAUUCGAAUGCAGUGGUUCAAGACUUCCAGGAAAGAUAUGUAAAUCAUAACUUAAAACUAAGAAUGUUACGAAAAUGGGUUGAAAAUUACAAUUUUGUAUUAGCCAAACAAGAUGCUCUUGAGUACAGAGAAAGAAAGUUUCAUGAAGACAAUGCUAGCAUAGCUCCACAUUUUUAUAAAUGGAAGGAGAUUUCAUAUAAGCAUUAUGAUCUUGCACUGCAAGCUAUAUCAUUUGAUGAAACGGUAUUGAGAAAGAAGAGUUUGAUUGUUUGGUAUAGACAAUAUGUUAAUAAGAAUGUUUAUUUAGAAGAGAUAGCUUCGGAAUUCCUUGAUAAUGCAGAAUUUAGACAAAUGCAAGAAAUUUUGAGUAAUUGGAGUAUGAGAUUCAUGAAGAUGAAAAGAAAUCAACAAAGUUGUGAUUUAUUUAUAAAGAGGUGGGAUGUUUCAAGAACAAAGAUCUUAUUUGAUCUUUGGCAAUGGAAGAUGGAAGAAUCUCAUAAUGUAUCUUUUGACGAUUCGGAAAUCAUUCAAAAUCCAUCACCAUUGGCAUCUAGGUCAAGCAGAGUACCUAGUGAUAAAAGUGUUAGCUACUUAUUUACGCCUUUGAAGAAACAAGUAUCUCCAAGGAUACCAUUAGCUACUCCAGGAACAACACUUAGAUCUAGUCCUACCAAGCUCCAUGAAACAACACAACGGUUAAAAAACGAAAAAAUGAAUGAAGUAAGAAGGCAUUUCAGUAGGUUUAGAAGCUCGUCUACUCCAAAACAUUCUAGUGUUUUCAGCGGUGAGCCAAGAACAACAGAAUCGAGGUAUCCAAGGUUGCAGCCUUUAACUACUUCAAGUAUUUUACCACCAAAACCACCUAAUUUUUCCAUGCAAGACCAAGUGGAUGUAGAUGAUGAUACUGAAUCUAUCGAAACCGCCAAAAGUUUGAGGAAAAUCACUCCUAUCAUGUUUCCUACUGACGAUGAUUUCCAACAACCUAAAUUCUCACCAAUCAAAUUAAGAAGUCGAAACAGUAAUCUUAUACUGUCUGGGGAUAUAAACAGUACAUUCUAA